GCUGCCUGGCGCCGCCGCUCUGGCUGCUGGGUCGGGGCGCUGCGCCGCGGCCUGCCCCCGGUUCUGCCCCUGCCCGCACAGUCUGGCGGCGGCUCUGGCUGCUUCCCGCGCCCCGAGGAGAAAAGAGAGGUCGGCUCUGCGAGCUCCAGCUGCUGCGCGCUGCGCCGGGCCUCGCUCGGGGUGCCGCGGCCAUGGCCACGGAAGACGAGAUCAUCCGCAUCGCCAAGAAGAUGGACAAGAUGGUGCAGAAGAAGAACGCGGCUGGAGCUCUUGAUUUAUUGAAGGAACUUAAGAAUAUUCCCAUGACCCUUGAACUGUUACAGUCUACCAGAAUUGGAAUGUCAGUGAAUGCGAUACGCAAGCAAAGCACAGAUGAAGAAGUUACAUCUUUAGCAAAAUCUCUGAUCAAGUCGUGGAAGAAACUCUUAGAUGGACCUUCAACUGACAAAGAUUCUGAAGAAAAGAAAAAGGAGCCUGCAUCUUCCUCACAAAACAGCCCUGAGGCAAGAGAAGAAAGCAGUUCAAGUAGCAAUUCCAGCAGCAGGAAGGAGGAGGCUAGUGCUCCCUCAAACUCUUUCAUCCCUUCCUUUCCCCGGGCUCCAAGUACUUCGGAUUCUGUACGAAUGAAAUGCAGAGAAAUGCUCUCUGCAGCCCUCAGAACAGGAGAUGAUUACAUUGCUAUCGGUGCUGAUGAGGAAGAGCUGGGUUCCCAGAUUGAAGAAGCUAUUUUUCAGGAACUAAAAAACACUGAUAUGAAAUACAAAAACAGAGUACGGAGUAGAAUAGCAAAUCUCAAGGAUGCAAAGAAUCCUAACCUAAGGAAAAACGUCCUGUGUGGGAACAUUCCUCCGGACAAGUUUGCCAAGAUGACAGCAGAGGAAAUGGCAAGUGAUGAACUGAAAGAAAUGCGCAAAAACCUGACCAAAGAAGCUAUCAGAGAGCACCAGAUGGCUAAAACAGGAGGAACCCAAACUGAUUUGUUCACAUGUGGCAAGUGCAAAAAGAAGAACUGUACAUACACCCAGGUUCAAACCCGCAGUGCUGAUGAACCCAUGACAACGUUUGUUGUCUGUAAUGAAUGUGGAAACAGAUGGAAGUUCUGUUAGAAGAAGAAAUUGCCGAGACAUCUGGACCAGUAUGAAAGAGGAUUUUGUAAUUAGCUUUAAAAACUAGGCUAAGCAUCUAGCUUCCUGCAAGUGAGAGGGGGUUUGGGUUGGUUUUCUUUCUCUUUAUUUCUUUUUUUAAAGCAGCAUCCAUGCCUGAAGUUAGCCUUUGUUUUGACACAAUCAUCAUUUCCUUCAAUGCCUUCCUCUAGCUGGUAGUCAGUAGAGCAGGUUGCUCAAUUGUAUGGUGACUGUUUAAAGUAUUUUUUCAUUUUUAUAAGUAAGUUGACAUUAAAACUUUUACCAAUUAAACAUUUUGGUAAUUGGCUUGGGUUUGUUUGUUUGGUUUUCUAGCUCUGUGAAUCAUGUGCUGUAUUUUUUUUUGAGGUCUGAGCAUACAUCCUCCUCCCGUGUGUAUUUUACUGCUCAUGUUUGUUCAGUUGUAAGAGUGGAAUUUGUUUCAUGCAUCUGUGCUUACUACUUCUGCAAAGAGAAAAGGUAUCUAACUUCACCUAAUUACAUUAAAAUCAGUUGUUGACUAAA